AUGCUAGGCUACAUCUCCUCAACACGUAAAAAGAGUUGCACGGCUUGCGUAAAGGCCAAGCGGCGCUGCGACCUGGGCUACCCCUUUUGCAAACGCUGUUUUGUCAAGGGCCUCGACUGCGCAUAUCCCAAUCCACGUAAAACGCCUGUUUCGGUCCGCGACGCUGAGAUUGUUAUCAGGCACACUGACAUGCCGCCGCCGCCAACACGCGACACCAGCCAGCCUAUAAAUAUCGCUUCCGCUACCGCUGCAGCUAACGCGGCCACAAGCGUGGAGCCGGACUGCAACUUUGGUAGCCCCCGUGUCAACCACACUCAGGAACUUGGCCAUGCAGCUCGCGACCCGUGGAUAGUAUUAAGGCGUGACGGCGAGUCGAGCGAAUCUGACGAGAUCUCAUCGUCGUCUUCGUCGAGUCCAGAGGUGUGGAUGGGACAUGACAAUCCGCUGACGCUGCGUCCGCCGCUACGCAGAACCUUGCUCCCAACCGUAGUCGUACCUGUGCUGCUCAACGAGCGGCAGAGUACCUUCGUCAUAGAAAGGCUGUGCUUGUUGGUCCCCAGCAUGGCAUGUUCGGGUACAACGCAUUUCUUGCAUCGCAAUCUGUUUGUCGAUCACGAUCAGCCCGUGGCAUAUCAAGAUUGCGUUGCCAUAUCUGCCCUCUACAUGGCCCAGAAUGCAAGCUACACUGCUAACAUCCUAGUCAAUACUAUCCACUCCAAGAUCGCUGCCUUGGUGAAAGAGGCGCCAACGUGGUCGUUGAUGCAGCAUCUAGCAGCUGUACAAGCGCUCAUCAUUUAUCAGAUUAUCCGUCUUUUUGAUCCUAUUUUGGGUGCGCAGGAACAGGCUGUCAAGCAUAAUGUGCUGCUUGAACAAUGGGCUGCAAGUCUGUUCCAUCGCUCGUGUUAUGACAUGCCCUUUUUUGCGGAUGAGCGCUCGCGUUGGGUUUUCACCGAGUCGCUACGGCGCACCUUAUUCAUGGCUGUGUUUACGCGAUGCUCGUGGAGUGUUUUCACCUGUGGCGGGCUUGCGAGUCAAGUCCAUGUUUUGGCUGGUAUGCCGCUGACAAAGGACCUGGCGAGAUGGAGUCAAGAAGAAGACAAAGCGCUGUGUCAGGGUGAGAGCAUGCAAAGUCAAGAGAAUGAGUUAAUUUCUUAUGUCGACAUGUCGGUGGAUUGGUCACAUGACAAGUCUGUCGAGGAGCUGGGGUCUUUUGGGCAAUUACUUCUUGCGCCUUGUCGUGGUCGUGACGACUUGAGGUUGCUGGGGUGA